GAUUAUUGUAUUAACCUCUCUCGGACUUUGCAAUCCAUCCGUAUACAGGUGAAGGAGGCAUUACCGCUGUCCAAGGAAGGGCAACUCCAUGAUCUACAACCAGGCGAUUGGAUUGUGGUGAAAGAUUAUCGAAGACGGACCUGGAACUCACCAAGGUGGUUGGGACCAUUCCAAGUCCUUUUGAUCACAUCAUCGGCUGUCAAAGUAGCUGAGAGGGCUACCUGGAUCCACGCCAGCCAUUGCAGACGGGCACCACCACUCACGCCAAAGGUAAUUUCCGACCCAACCCCCUAGGCCGUCACCCCAACACUGAAACAGGGUGAAGUGCUGUUCACUCACCCUCACGGGCACACAAUCACGUCAGAUCCAGGCCCAGAAACUUUCUCUGACCAGGGGAGAGACGUGGCCAGAAUCAACAUCAAUCAACAUGGACACCAGAGCCAGAUGACGACACCCCGUUUCGAGGCUCGGAUGGAAGAUCCGAGGAAUCAUUUGUGGUCUUGUUGUUUUAAUUACGAUUAUGUUUAACCCAUCAUUUUUAACGUGCAAACCUGUGAUGACACCAGUACCUCAUAAAAAUCAAACACUGGCGGGAACAAGGGCCAAGCGAGAGGUGGGACCUGAAAUUGAAAAUUCAAUGAUUCGGUUAAUGCACGAGUCAGUAAGACAUCUAAACAAAACAAAUUGUUGGAUGUGCAUGCACAUACCCAGCAGCGCUGAAGGGCCAGUUGUGGCAGCAGUUCCACUGUCCCACCUACAAUUUCUAACUGCGAAUUGGCGUAACUUAACAUCAAAUAAUUUAAAUAAUGCUUGUGAUGACCAAAGAAAUGCAGCCUCGCUACAAGAAUAUUGCAUAACAGCGCCGGAAAUCGUCAACCAGAUAGAAAAUGUGGCGAAAGAACACACCCCGCAGGGAUGCAACCAAACACGGAUCAUCGGGAUGGCAAUAAUAUCAAGUAUUAAAGGUAACUUUGGCAGUCUAUUAACAGUGAAGUCAUAUCAUGCGCAAAUUGACUGUGUGGCUGGUGAAAGCGGAACACACUGUAACUGCCCACCUGUAGGAGCAAUAUGCAAUAGGGCGCAUAAUAUUCCCAGGGUCGAGUGUUCAACGGUGCUGACCUCAUCAAGGUUAGCACCACCAACCCUGCGUACGACCCGAUGUGCAGAAGCCAGGUGUGAACUUCCACACUCCACUAACCCCACGUUAAAAGAACAAAAACCAUCUCGGCAUCAGUUCACAAUAACAAAAUUGUAUAACGUUACGAAUUGCAUAAAUAUUACCCAACUUAAUCUGAACCCCAAGGACGUAAUCCAUCUGGAAACUAGCAAUUGCAUUGGCCCAUUCCACAAAUUAUCCCUGAAGGAAUCAAUACAAAUCAGUCCUAAUUCAGUAGUUUUACCAAACGGAGUGUUCCUCGCAUGCGGCAGGAAAAUGUACAGCUUUGUACCGAACGGUAUGGAGGGUACAUGUUACUUAGCAUACGCGGUACCGAUGCUUCGCGUAGUGACCCAGCAAGAAAUGCAGGUGUUAGACGGACACCAUGCCAAACACAAACGUGAUCUCCAAAGAUUUCUUGGCAUGAUAAUUCCUGGAUAUGGGGUGUAUUUAAACCAACAGGAGACAAAGGCCCUAUCCGCCGCAUUAGAGGCUCACAUUAAUAGCACGGACAGGGUCGUCACAGACAUGUCAACACAACUCAUGGCAUUAGACUUAAUUCUUGCCUCAACCGGAGGUGUGUGUAAAAUUAUUGGCUCGGAAUGUUGCUCAUACGUGCACUCAGCAAACCUAUCUGUCGAGAAGUCCCACAAGGAAAACAGCAAGGCCAUUAAUGACCUUGCCAAAAUUACUUCCUGGGAUAUCGAAAGUGUGUUCGGGAAUUGGUUCUCAGAUUGGAGUACACCCUUUGUAAGGAAUACGAUAAUGUUCUUUGUGGCCUUAUUGAUCAUAAUAUUAAUCCUAAUUGUAACAAUUGCGUGCGUUAAAGCUUGUGUGACCAAAUUAACCACAGCCGCUGUCUCCCAAUUUAUAAUAGUUGAACCGAGACAAAGCAAGUUCCCAGCUUUAACGCGGGUAGCAGGAACAUACCCUACCCCGGAUUGGAGUAGUUUAAGCAGUGAGGAAGAGGAGUAGCGAAAAUAUAUUCUUUCCUAAAUAGUCAGAACAACCUCCUAUAAAAGCGGAGAAGUGCUGAUGGUCGGACAUGAUAGAUUUUUUUUUUUUUGAAUUUGUGAUUGUAAAAUAAUCAAAGGGGGGAUUGUGAUGGAAAAUCUACAUGUUAUGUACAGGGUCUUAUAAAAUGUAAUUCUUAGUGUUUCAUGUGAUGUAAUCUGGUUUCACAUCCCGUUCUUGGAAUCUUGCUAUUCUGCAAGGUCUUCUAAAUAUGUAAUUCUUAGUGUUUCAUGUGAUGUAAUCUAGUUUCACAUCCCGUUCUUGGAAUCUUGCUAUUCUGCAAGGUCUUCUAAAUAUGUAAUUCUUAGUGUUUCAUGUGAUGUAAUCUAGUUUCACAUUC